AAGAUCCCUCCCCUCGCCUCGUCGUCUCCUCCUUUCACCAUCACUCAACGACUCUCAAGCUUCUUUCUUCUACCACUUCAACUCUCAAGUCUCGGGCUGGCUCCUUGACUUUUUCUUCGUAUUAUCUCAAAGUUUCCUUUUGCCUCGCACCUCUUCUUCCACACCAACAUGUUCUCCAUCAAGACCUCUGUCUUCCUCGGCCUCUUUGCCGCCUUUGCUGCCGUCAACGCAGCCCCCGCUGCCAACGCGGACCAUUCGUACGCGAUUCAGUACGACCGCCGCACUGGCCAACCCGUGCCCAACUCCCGUCGUGACGGGCCUAGCACGACCGACCUGCUCAACAGCUGCCCUGGCUCUUCCAAGAAGUCUUCCGUCCAGGGAGCCGACAACUGCAAGUGGUCUAGCGACGGCAACGCCGGCUCUCAGUACACGAAGACCAAGGUCAUUGGCGAGCCCAUCGAGAACUGCGGCAACCUCAAGACGAACGUCACGCACACCUUCUCCGAGUCGACGACCUUCACGAGCACCUUCUCCCUCACGGAGACGUCUGAGGUCGACUUCCCCGGUAUCUCUGCCUCGCUCACCUCGGGCAUCAGCCACACGACGACCGAGGCCCAUGGCAACGACUUCAGCAUGGACGUGCCCCCUGGCCAGCACGGCCAAUUUACGGCCGUUCAAUACUACCAACCCCAGAACGGACACGUGUUCAUCAACUAUGGUGACAAGGUAGACGGUCACUAUUACUGGACGGUGUAUAACGUUCACCUCGAUGCUCCUAGCGGAGAGCCCGUGACUCAACCAGAGUAUAAAGGAUGCGGCGAGGCACUCUAGAGGGCGAAAAUGUGGGCUGCAAUGGGUGUGGCCUUGACUCACACUGAUGGCAUGAAUGGUGACGGUGG